AUGACUGGAGAAGAUUUCAAAAUCAAAAGUGGGCUCGCCCAAAUGCUAAAAGGUGGUGUCAUCAUGGAUGUUGUCACUCCAGAACAGGCUAAAAUAGCAGAAAAAGCAGGCGCAUGUGCUGUGAUGGCACUAGAAUGCAUUCCAGCAGAUAUGCGCAAGUCAGGUAAGGUUUGCCGCAUGUCAGAUCCCAAGAUGAUCAAAGAUAUAAUGAACUCCGUUUCCAUUCCUGUAAUGGCAAAGGUGAGGAUUGGCCAUUUUGUUGAAGCUCAAAUCAUUGAGGCUUUAGAAGUUGACUAUAUUGACGAAAGUGAAGUCUUAACUCCUGCUGACUGGACCCAUCAUAUUGAAAAAAGCAAAUUCAAAGUCCCAUUUGUGUGUGGUGCUAAGGAUUUAGGGGAAGCUCUAAGAAGAAUCAAUGAAGGCGCCGCUAUGAUUCGUACUAAGGGCGAAGCUGGAACCGGUGAUGUUUCCGAAGCCGUAAAGCAUAUAACUAGAAUUACAGAACAAAUAAAAGAAUGUCAACAGUUGAAGGACGAAGAUGCGAUUGCAGGGGCCGCCAAGGAAAUGAGGGUACCAGUUUCUUUACUAAAUGAAGUUAUAGAAAGAGGUAAGUUGCCUGUAGUCAAUUUUGCAGCUGGUGGUGUAGCAACCCCGGCUGAUGCUGCAUUGUUAAUGCAGCUGGGUUGUGAUGGUGUGUUUGUUGGUUCAGGUAUUUUUAAAUCAUCUAAUCCUGAAAAGUUGGCUACCGCAGUGGUUGAGGCCACCACUCAUUUCGACAACCCUACCAAAUUACUUGAAGUUUCCAGUGAUUUGGGAGAUUUAAUGGGUGGUGUUGCUAUCGAAUCCAUCAAACAUGAUUCUAACGGCAUAAGACUUUCUGAAAUAGGUUGGUGA